CUAAAGGCCCAGAACAAACUUGAGUGUAUAUCCUAGUACCCCUAAAGAAGCCCUCUAUUUCUAGAGAGAGAAGCCCCAAUUACACAAACACAUCAUAGUUCUAGAGAGGGAAACUAAGCAAAACUGAUCAGUUCAUCAAAAAGAAGAUGAUGAUAGCGUACCUGGAACGAUUCAUCCACGAAAACGACACCGAAUCGAGACCAGACGACACCGUUUCAACAACAACCAUUUUGCAGUCUCUAGAUCUUCAAGGAUUGUCAAUCGACUGCGUUUCCACUGGUUACGCCGGUAAAGAUUUCGGCGGUUUGUACUCUUCAAAUCCUUUAGCUAUUGUAAGACCCGCCGGCGCCGAUGACGUCGCUAGAGUUGUAAAAGCUGCUUACCUCUCACCAAACAAUCUAACGGUUGCAGCAAGAGGUAACGGUCAUUCUAUCAACGGUCAAGCUAUGACGGACGAUCGUGGUCUUGUUUUAGAUAUGCGCUCCACCGCAGAGAAUCAUUUCGAGGUUCUGAGAAUGAGUGACGGUGAAAUGUUUGUGGAUGUUUCCGGUGGAGCAUUAUGGGAAGAUGUGUUGAUACGGUGCGUUGUUAGUUUUAAUUUGGCUCCGAGGUCGUGGACUGAUUAUCUCGGUUUAACGGUUGGCGGAACGUUAUCCAACGCCGGCGUUAGUGGUCAGGCCUUCCGUUACGGACCGCAGACUUCUAACGUGGCGGAAUUAGAUAUUGUUACCGGAAAAGGCGAUUUGUUAACGUGCUCUGAAACGGAAAACUCCGACUUGUUUUUCGGAGCUCUUGGCGGACUUGGCCAAUUUGGUAUAAUAACACGAGCUAGAGUGAAGUUACAGUCAGCACCAGAUAUGGUGAGAUGGAUAAGGUUGGUCUACACCGAGUUCGAUUGUUUCACUCGGGAUGCGGAAUCGUUAGUGACUCGGACAAACGAUUUGUCGUUUGAUUACGUGGAAGGAUUUGUGUUCGUAAACAGUGAUGACCAUGUAAACGGGUGGCCCUCCGUACCGUUACACGCGGACCAUGGGUUCGACCACACGGCCAUUCCUGCAACCGCUGGCUCAGUCCUCUACUGCUUGGAAGUGGCUCUACACUACCAAAACACGGACCUCCCUGCAACGGUUGAUGCGGCUGUGAACAGCUUGCUUGGACGGCUAGGAUUCGUCGAGGAUUUGAAAUUCCAAGUGGACGUAACCUACGUGGAGUUUUUAUUGCGUGUAAAGCGUUCAGAGGAGGACGCCAGAGCUAACGGAAUCUGGGACGCACCUCACCCUUGGUUAAACAUACUCAUCUCAAAACGUGACAUUGCUAAAUUCGAUCAAACGGUGUUCAAGAAGAUCUUAAAGGAAGGAGUCGGUGGGCCCAUGCUGGUGUACCCUCUACUGCGAAGCAGAUGGGAUUGUCGGACGUCUGUGGUGAUACCAACAGAAGGUGAAAUUUUCUACAUAGUAGCAUUGCUUAGGUUCACUCUUCCAUACCCAAAAGGUCCUUCAAUUGAAAAAUUGGUAGCUCAAAAUCAAGAGAUUGUGCAAUUAUGUGUUAGGAAUGGAUUUGAUUUCAAAUUGUAUCUUCCUCACUACCAUUCCCAAGAGGAUUGGAAACGACACUUUGGUAAUCAAUGGUCCAGAUUUGUUGAUAGGAAGGCCAGUUUUGAUCCCAUGGCCAUCCUUGCUCCAGGACAGAAAAUUUUUCAGAGGAUCUCUCCUUCCUAGUACAUUUUAUUAUUCAUAUUGCCGUCAAUCGGUUUUAGAUUA